UAAGUCUGAGAAUAUGGCAUGACAGUAGAGUAGACGCUACCAUCCUCCUCCAUUUAGCAAUGUAGAAGUUCUUCCAUGCAUGCAUCACUAACUUCUUUAAUUGCGCAAAGAUUUCAAUGCAUGAAAACUGCAAGACACUAGCUUCCAUUUCUCUGAUUGUAAUAUAGAUCGACAGAAGAAGAAGAUGAAGUUGUCAACUAGCAGCGGCGUGUCGGUUUUGGUACUUGUAUUCAUCAUCUUCAUGAGUAGUGCCACUACAGACUUGGUGAUGGUCGCAGGAGGCCGAGUACCGGAGCUUGCACACCAGGCAGCUGAGGCAGAUACGACAUGCGAUCCGGUGCAGUUGAGUCCAUGUUUAGAUCCAAUCCAGCAUGGUUCGAAGCCGUCGAGCACCUGCUGCCAGAAGCUCAAGGAGCAGAUUCCAUGCCUUUGUGGAUACAUCAAGAACCCAGCCUUCAAGCAAUAUGUCACCGGUCCCAACGCCGAAAAACUCUCUGCCAACUGUGGUGUUCAGUACCCUCGCUGUUAAGGGCUUUAUUAUCAUAAUAGUUAUAACUACAUAUAACUAAGUAAUAAGAAUGAUCCAUUCGAUCAUAAUGUUCAUCAUUACUCGUACUGCUACUAUCAACUACUUGUAAUAAACUAAUGCAUCUGCACUUACUUGUGGAGUUGUGAUAUGUUGUUUUACUUUUA